GAAAUAACUUUUUAUCGUUUGAACAGGCGUAUUUUAUUACAAAGAACAAUGCUUACAAUAUGAAAACACAUAUAUUGUUAAUAUUCAGUUUAGUGUCUGUACGCUGUAUUAGAAAUGAUCCUACUGUCUAUACAAGAGCUAAAAGAGAUACAUCAGGAGCUCUUCACAUCUUGACUAACCACGCCCAGCCAAUCCACGCAGAUGUUAAACAAGAGAGAAACGGAGACACCAAUGAUAAACGGUGCAGUGGUAACCACCUGCCCGCAUCAAUAGAGCCUGGAGUUGUAUUCCAGGUACUGCCACCAAGCAACGUUGGGUACGAGCUAAAAUCACUCAGAAAAUCCUCGCCACUCACAAAUAAAUUAGAUUUGAUCAGAAGCAUCAGUAGAGUGGCCACACUUUCUGUACUUUUAAUAUCCGCCAUUUUGGAAUUUUAUCCGAUGCUGCAGCAUUUGUAUUACACUAUUUAUAGUUUUGUUUAUUUUAAAUAAAUUAUAUGGAUACUUC